CAAAUUAGAAUAUUGGAUUUGUAGAGUAUAUAAAUACAGCUGUAAAAUAGGUUGAUAUCACAGUCGGAUAACUUGUGCAGUCAAACAAUGAAGUCUCUGAGUUUGUGUAUUUUUGUGGUAGCCGUUACGGUAUCAUCAGGCACACCAACCAUGAUGCUUGAUGGAACAGUCAAACGUGCUGCAGCAUACAAGCAACAAGGGCCACCAAUCACAACUAUUAUGCCAGUUGAAGCAAUGGAUAAGCAACAGGGAGGUAAACAGCAGGGACCACCAAUCACAACUAUUAUGCCAGUUGAUGGACCAGUCAAACGUGCUGCAGCAUACAAGCAACAAGGCCACCAAUCACAACUAUUAUGCCAGUUGAAGCAAUGGAUAAGCAACAAGGAGGUAAACAGCAGGGACCACCAAUCACAACUAUUAUGCCAGUUGAUGGACCAGUCAAACGUGCUGCAGCAUACAAGCAACAAGGGCCAUCAAUCACAACUAUUAUGCCAGUUGAAGCAAUGGAUAAGCAACAAGGAGGUAAACAGCAGGGACCACCAAUGACAACUAUUAUGCCAGUUGAUGGACCAGUCAAACGUGCUGCAGCAUACAAGCAACAAGGGCCACCAAUCACAACUAUUAUGCCAGUUGAAGCAAUGGAUAAGCAACAGGGAGGUAAACAGCAGGGACCACCAAUCACAACUAUUAUGCCAGUUGAAGCCAUGGAUAAGCAACAAGGGAUAUGCUGCAUAUAGUGUAAUAUCAUUUCCUAUGUAGUAAUGGAAAUAUAGCUAUGAACAUAUAAAUUACACCUAUUAUCUUGAUCAAUGAAUAGGCUUCCUGAAUGGAAUUCGCUAUGUUGAAUAGAAUGUAUAAAACCCAAAAAAUACAUUAAGCAUUCAAUAUUGUUCUUUCAUUCAUGAAUUUUGUAUCUGAGAUAAUAUUUUAGUUGUUUUAUUAGAAAUACUACAAUUUCUAAAUCAAUAGCAAUGGAAUUGAUACAAACAAAUGUUACCAUGCUACCAUCCACAUAACCAUUUGAUAACAACUAACCAUUGUUCAUCAUGAGUCUUGAUAACGAACAAAGAAUAAUGUUUUAGAGCACAGUAAUGAUUUUAAUCGUAAAACUAUCAAUUGAGUUUCUGAAGAACCAGCUUGUCAUCAUUUCAAGCAAUGAAUGAUAUGAUAAAAAACAAAGGAAUAUUAAAAGUGAAGCAUAAAAUAAUAAUCAUCGUUCACAGUACCUCAAGUCAUUGUUAAAGUUCGAUAUUUUCCGAUGAGUUACCUGAAUUCGCGACCAUGGCCAUGGGAAGAAUAGGUAUAGUUCAGGAGCACUGGAUAAUUUCACUGAGGUGUAAACGAAAAUAACGGGGUCUAAUUACUUAUAACUAAUUGAGGUUCUUCAACAAAUAAGAAAAUACUGUCUAGCAGCUUUGAGAGGUGGGUCAAACAAUGCGUUAUGAGCCGUAAUCGACUGCAUGCUGUAGAGAAGAGCAAGUCACUGGCUAUAGGCCUUCUAGAUACUAGCUUCCUCCCUGGCAGAGGUAUGCGACUAUAGUACUGGGAGUGAUAGCACCGCGCAGGCUUACUAUAAAGAAUAUUAUAAUGACUAAUUAGAAUAAUGAUUGCUGAUGGAAAUAACUUCAUUUAUUUGGGAUUUUCAUUCAAUAAUAAUUAUUAUUCUAGAAUAAUAAUUUAUUAUAUUGUUGGCGGGCGUGUUGCGCUCAAAUAAUAGGAACAGAUACAAAGAAGUGAGUUGUUAAUUCAGUAUGAUUAUCAUGUAACAAUCAUAAUACAAUCAUGCAUAUCUUUUUCAAUACUGAAUCAUGAAUUAGGUUAUGGUGUCUGCUGAAUUUAAAUUUUGCCUCUCCUUCAAGGCAAAAAGCAUUCUGCAAUACCUUCCAUUUUCUGGCACUUCAUCUUGAAAAAUAUGAUCCUGUUUGGCCAAAAAUGAGCUAUUGAUCAUAAUUCAUGUGGGGGACUCUUUAGGCGGAUUCACACAUAGAAUUCACAAAAAUCAGAUUCACAAAAUCCCUUAAAUACCUAGGAUUAACAUUGAACUCGCAAUUGAACAGGAACGAACAUAUACAGAAUCUAAAGAACCAAUUGGUCAUAGCAUGCAGGAAAUUUUACUUUUUGUGAAAUCUUUGUCCUGACCACGUUUUAACCAUGUUGUAUCAUGCACUUGUAGGGAGCAGGCUACAGUAUGCCAUUACAAUGUGGGGAGGGGCUUACAUAAUAACACUCAAGCAAAAAUCCAUAUAAAGAGAGUGAUAAGUAGGAAACCAGCACAACAUCAUUCGCUCAUUCUAUUUAGAGAUAGAAAUAUCUUACCAUUGAGGUAUUUAUACUUUCAUAAAGUGCUAGAACUAUUUUACAAAGAAAGCGGCCAAAAUCUCAAUGAAUUCAUCUAUGAAGUACAUCACCCAAUGCUACGUACAGGAGAGUACUUUAUUCCGCCUUGUCCAAGAAAGAAGAAAUUCAGAAGAUUCUUCCUAUACAUAUUAUGCCGUUCCUCGUAUUUUUAACCUUUUGCCAAGGUAAAUAAAGGAUGCAUUACGCUUGAAUAGAUUCAAACACUUGACCACGAGAGAUAUUGGAGAGGCAUGAAGUGGAAACAUUGUUCCAAGAAAAAUGAUUUCAGUAGAUUAAUUUUUCAAUUUUAUUAUGUAUGUAUGGCAUUUCAACACGCACAAUUAUCAGAUUGCAUUAUUCAAGCUUCAAAAGUUUAAUCUAUUAAACUAUUGGAGAGGAAUUAUUAUGUAUGUAUGGCAUUUCAACACGCACAAUUAUCAGAUUGCAUUAUUCAAACUUCAAAUUUUAAUUCAGCUAAAUUUAUUACUUAUAUUUCAUAGCUACAUCUAUUUACAGUUCCAUUUAGCAUUUUCUCUCAUUAUUGUUCAAAUUUCAAAUUGAUAGUUUCUAGUACUAGAUCUGAUCAUAAUUAUUCACUAUUUAUAUUAAAAGCAUUAUAUUCAUAGUUUGUAUCUACGUUUCUAAUCAUGCAGAGCUCUGCUGUUUUAUUUUUGUUUAAUUCUUAUAUUUCUGUUCAACAUCGUAUCCAUACUGAUCAAGAGAUUGAAAAAUGCAUAUAUUAUGGAACAUGAAUGACCCCACACUGAAUUAACUCAGGGGUGGUUUGAUAUUCCUUAUAUACAAUAUUUUUCAACUAUUUUCAGUUAUAUAUUGAAAAAUAUAUUGUAAUUUAAUGUAUUUUGGAAGAAUACAUUUUAAUUCCAAUUUCAAUUAUUAAAUUAAGUGACCAGUACAGUAGGAAUCCAACUCUUAUGAGUUCUAAUGGGACUAUUCCAACGCAGAUCAGCUCAGCGAGAAUGAAUAAUCCUAUAACAACUUGGAGAAAAAAUAUUCUCACUGCACUGAGCAUGUUUGAUGUGGAUGUGAAUCCACACAAAAAAUUUUUUACCACUGUGUCUGAACAAAGCGAGCUAACACUAGUUUUCGAAUCAAUUUACUAAAUUGUAUUUUCUUA